CCCUUAAAAUCAGAGCCCUAAUUCUUCGUCUCUCUCCUUCGAUUUAAGCCCUACAGUCUCCCUUCUCUCCCUUCCAACGUCUAAUCGAUACUUCGUUGGUGGAGAAAUUCCUUGGAUUAUUCGCGAAUUACUCGUGUCUUCUGUAAUUUGGAUCAGAGAGAAUGGCGGCCAUUAACCGAUACACUGAUAACACGACGCCGGCUAACCCUGUUGUUUCUCCAGCCAAGCAAUCCUUACCGCCGGCCAAAACCGCGGACUCUCAGUCCGUUCUCAAAAGGUUGCAGUCUGAGUUAAUGGCUCUAAUGAUGAGCGGAGACUCUGGGAUUUCAGCCUUUCCGGAGGAGGACAACAUAUUCUGCUGGAAAGGGACAAUAACCGGAAGCAAAGACACAGUGUUUGAGGGAACAGAGUAUAGACUAUCCUUUUCGUUCCCUAACGAUUACCCUUUUAAGCCACCAAAGGUGAAGUUCGAGACUGGCUGCUUUCACCCAAAUGUCGACAUUUAUGGCAAUAUUUGCUUGGACAUACUUCAGGAUAAAUGGUCAUCAGCCUAUGAUGUGAGAACAAUACUUCUAUCCAUCCAGAGUCUGCUUGGAGAACCAAACACAAGCUCACCUUUAAACACCCAAGCAGCCCAAUUGUGGAGCAAUCAAGAAGAUUAUAGGAAAAUGGUGGAGAAAUUGUACAAGCCUCCAACAGCAGCAGCUUAGAUUGUUUUAGUUUCCCAAAUGAUUUUUUUUUUUUUUUUUUUUUUUUUUUUUUUUUUUUUUUUUUUUUUUUUUUU